AUGGAUGUCUGCUCUUUGUCUUCUUGCUGGUGCCAUUGCUGCGUAUCUCUGGUUCUGUCCCACUGCGGCGCAUUCCGAACACGCACCAUCAUCGCCGCUCCAGAGGGCUCGACACAAGCCACGCGAGGGGUCCGCCUCUCUCAGGUCAGCCCCGAUAAGACCGACACGGCCACAGACAUCGACAUUAUUGCAGUCCACGGCCUCGACACGAAGUCGCCAGACACGUGGACGUGGCGGCGCCCGAAGUCGCUCUGGACGCGCCCAAGGCGUACCGAACACCCGGAGAGCGGCGUCAACUGGCUGCAGGAUCGACGCAUGCUCCCGGAAGCGGUAGGACGCGCCAGGAUCUUCACGUGCGACUGGCCCGCUGAACUUCUUCAGCCGUCGGACUUGGUCCAGAAGAGACUCGACGAGUAUGCUCUGCUGCUGCUCGACGGCAUCCAGAGGCGGCCCCGGGCAACGAACGGUGCGAGAGGAGAAGACCGGCCGCUUUUCUUCGUCGCGUCGUGUCUCGGGGGCAUUAUCCUAGCAAAGGCCCUCUUGGAGGCCGACAACGAGAGCAGCAGCUACUGCCGUCUCAGAAGAGCCACGCGUGGCAUUGUCUUCCUUGCUACGCCGUUCCGCGGGACCUCAUUCCAAGACGUGGCAGCUUGGGCAGAGCCGGGCGUGAAGGCCUGGGCUGCGGUCCGAGGCCGAGAAUCGAGCAGACUGCUCGACAGCGUGAAGGGAUCGGCUCUCGAUCUUGAGGUCCUGGUGCGACGGUUCACGCAGCUGUGCCAAGACGACGACUAUCCCUGUGAUGUGUUCAACUUCUACGAACUCGGUGUGACGAGCCUGACGAGCAAAGUAUUCCCUUGGCUGCCAGCCUGGCUACGCCGGGAAGAACCCUUGGUCGAUAGUUCCUCGGCGACUUUGGAUAUGGUCCAGCAACCGCUGCCGCUUGACCGGCCUCACGUCCUGACAAACAAAUUCGAACACCCUAAAUGUCCCGAUUACGAGAAGGUUGCCGGGAAGAUCCAAGAAAUGCUCCAGAGAAUCCGCGAGGGGAGUCCGCUAAAGCAAGCGGACGACUGGAUAUGCAAACAGCACUAUAAUGAUGACAAACUCAAGAUUGAACGACUCUCUGGCGAACUGCUGUCGAUGGAACAGUGUUAUAUCAACCUCUCAAUCGUGGAGCAGCACAAGAAAACUAUGCACUACUUGGAGAAAAACUCAGAGGAAGGGGAUAUAGCGUCCAAUUCCUCCCCAUUUUCUCUCUUCGCUACGCUCAAUACGGAGACACCGGAUAAGACAAUCCAGGUCGAUUUACCGGCAGUCUUUAACACGCGGAAAUUGGGGGGCGGCGAGGUGAAUCCCAGACGAAUUCUCAUCCGAGGACGCGCCGGCGUGGGCAAGACGACCUUGUGCAAGAGGAUUGUCCAUGACUUUACUCGGCAUGGCACAUGGGCGCACUUGUUCGAUCGAGUGCUAUGGGUGACUUUGCGGAAGCUUAAGGCACGGUCAGCCACAGGCUACAACCUUGAGAAUUUACUCACCCAUGAGUAUUUCUGGAAUUGGCCAGGCGACGGCAGGUAUCUCGCCAAUGCCCUGGUGCGUGCUAUUCAGGAUGGUAGAACUCUGUUUAUUCUCGAUGGCCUAGAUGAGGUAUCCGAUCUCCUAGACCCGGAUCAUAAGAUGUUCGACUUCCUCAAAUGGCUCCUGGAUCAGCGCAACGUCAUAAUCACGUCCCGGCCGUACACUAAACUCCCAACCACUAUCACCCUCGACCUCGAGCUAGAAACAAUCGGGUUCUACCCAGAUCAAGUAAUUGAGUAUCUCCGAAAUACUUUUCCCGAUCCGCAAAAGACCAGCAAGAUUUGGUCCUUCCUUCAAGAUCAUCAGCUCAUGCAAGGUCUCGUUCGCAUCCCGGUCCAGCUAGACGCGCUCUGCUUCACCUGGAACGAAGGCUUUGAUUCCGCGGUGACCCUUGAUACCAUGACCGCUGUUUACCAAGCAAUCGAGCAAAGGUUAUGGAAAAAGGAUAUUCCGCUACUGAAUAAGAAACACGAAGGAGAGCUGGUCACAAAACUACACAUCCAAUCGGCUAGCCGGUUCAGAGUCGAGGCACUCGCCGGACACGAGAUCUGCUUUCUAGAGGGUCUUUCUUUCACUGGGAUGCAUAACGACGUGGUUGAGUUCGACCAGCAGCUUCUUAACGAAGCCUUCGACCGCUUUGCGCCAAAUCUCCUACCCGACGCGACCUUGCCACGCCUUUCCUUCCUGAGGACCUCGGAUCCAUCGUCAAAGAUUAGUAACCAAAGCUGCCACUUUCUACACCUCACUUACCAAGAGUAUUUUGCGGCGCGGUAUUUUGUACGGCAGUGGAUGGCAAAUCCACCCAAAAACUUGGUGCUUGCUAGUCUGGAUACUCAAGACGCUGGACCUACGCCUAUUGAAUAUCUCAGGAAGCACAAGUACACAGCACGGUAUGACAUCCUAUGGCGCUUCGUAGCCGGCUUGCUUGACACAGUGGGAAAGGCGGAUGAGUUCUUCGACGAGAUUAGGAAGGAGCCGAUCGACCUCUUGGGCCUGACGCAUCAAAGGCUCGUCAUAUAUUGCCUGAGCGAGGUGCAGGCUCGGCCGCAAUCAAGUUUUGCAGCACUUCGAACAAGACUCGAGGACCACCUGGUGGAAUGGCUGUUGUUCGAAUGUAAAUUCCGGAGCGGCUCGUCGUUAGCAUGCGAAAUGGAGCUUCCGUCGCUGGUCUUGUGCAGGGCACUCCAAGGGGCGACCGAUGAGGGCCGAGUCAAGCUCGUCGACGCCUUGCGAUUACGACACAGCAUCCCGACGUGCGUAGCCGAUCUACUAGAAUCCUGGCUAGAACCCCAUGCACAGAAAGAGCUAGUAAUAAGGAUCUUGGCCAUCCUAGGUCCGCAUUUAAUCCUGUCCGACGAGAUCCUAAUGCGGGUGGCGGCGCGGCUCGACGAUAGCCACGAGGACGUCCGAGCGGCGGCCAUUCGGGCGCUCGCGGCACGGGAACAGCUAUCCGACGAGAUCCUCACGCGGGUGGCGGCGCGGCUCGAUAAUAGCUAUCUAUUCGUCCGAGGGGCGGCAGUCCAAGCGCUCGCGGCACGGGACCAGCUGUCCGACGAGAUCCUCAUGCAGGUGGCGGCGCGGCUCGAUGAUAGCCACGAGGACGUCCGAGAGGCGGCUGUCCAAGGGCUCGCGGCACGGGACCAGCUGUCCGAUGAGAUUCUCACGCGGGUUGCGGCGCGGCUCGACGAUAGCAAUGUAUUAGUCCGAGAGGUGGCUGUCCAAGCGCUCGCCGCACGGGAACAGCUCUCCGACGAGAUCCUUACGCGGGUGGCGGCGCGGCUGGACGAUAACGAUCUAUUCGUCCGACUGGCGGCCGUCCAGGCGCUCGCGGCACGGGACCAGCUGUCUACCGAGAUCCUUACGCAGGUAGCGGCGCGGCUCGAUGAUAGCCACGAGAACGUCCGACGGGCGGCCGUCCGAGCGCUCGCGGCACGGGAACAGCUAUCCGAUGAGUCCCUUACGCAGGUGGCGGCGCGCCUCAACGAUAGCCACGAGAAGCUCCCUAUCUGA